UUAUGUUUACAUUACAUUAAUGCCUUGGAUUAUCAGACAUGGCGGCGGCUGUAGGAGCGCAAUUGUUUCUUUAAAAACAGGGAAUGUUUCGUCGAAAAGACACGUGUUUGUUUGAAGGUAACGGCGUUGCGUUAGUCAGGGAUUUAAUUUAUGUUUUGCAGCAAUUUAUUCUCAUAAACGAAUGUGCCAUGUAGGCUAAACGCUGUUGAAGGCAACGAUUAUUAUUAAUGUAUAAGGCCAUGGACACCAAAGAGAUCAUUCAUUAUGCCACACAGAUAGAAAAGUUGCAAAACGAUGGCAGUUAUGAAGAUAUUGUAUCAUUACUGACAGAUCUGAAUAACAUGUCUGUCACGUCAGAACAGAUUCAGACCACAGAAAUGGUCAGGGUCCUUUAUAAGCUCUUGAAGUUCUGUCCAGUCGUAAGUGCUAAAACGAAAGCAAAGAGCUUGCUCUCAAAAUGGAAGAAGUUGUACAAGUUGUCACCUGUGCUGAAAAGUAACAACAAAGACGAAUGUGAGGGCAAAGAACUAGAGACACAUAACCUGCCUGAUGUUGAUGUGUCCUUGGAAAUUCCCUCAGUAACCAGUGGAUCUCAAUGCUUAAAUGGGAAUGAGAAUCAGGCUUUUACAUGCAGCACAGAGCAACACAAUAUAAAAAAGGAUGCAAAACAGGACAAAUGUGAAGACGGUAGUGUAGAUAGUUCCUCCGUACUUCCUCCUCCAAGUACUUCCUGCACUUCCUCUGGCUCAAUGGAGCUAAGAACCAAAUGUGUCCAGCUGAUUCUCCAGGCUCUUACCCCAAAUCAGCAAGUGGGCUUGGAUCAUAUGGACAAACACAAAGCCCUUGCCCAGGGCAUUGAAGCACACGUCCAUGGUCUUCACGGAUCUAACCUGUUUAAGUACAAGUCCUGCAUCAGGAGCAAGGUGGCCAACCUAAAGAACCCAAAAAACCCUCAUCUACGCCAAGGGCUUAUGUCAGGACACCUGACUCCAGAUGCAUUUGCCCGCAUGUCUUCCGUGGAAAUGGCAGGGGCUGAACUUCGACAGAUCAGGGAAACAUACACCACUUUGGGUAUCAGUGAGCAUCAGUUACCACAGGUGGUUGAAGGGACAACAACCAACAAAGUUAGCUGCAGACGCUGUGAUGGUGUGGACUGCAGGGUGACACAGAUCUCAAGAGGAAUGCUCUUCUUGCCGUCAUGGGUACGGAGUGGCAGUACGGAUGAUGAUUCGAUGACCUUUAUGACUUGUGCUAAUUGUGGAGAGCAGUGGUACCACAGUAGCUGGGUUUGCCUUUGAGCAAGUGUUUACGUAUAUUGAUGAUAACUGUGUAAUAAUUCACACAUACAAAUUUUUCAAUCAGAUUAAAUUUCUUAUGGUUGUGCAAUAAACCUUCAUAAUGCAUUCAGGGUGGUUUUGACAUGGAAGAGAUGUGUUUUUAAUGCAUAGUUUUUAGUACAUGAUCCACAGGACUAUUAAAAUACACAAAAUAAAUUUUAAGAUGACACAUUUUGACCCAGGCUUUACACAUGAUGUUAUGCAGAGUCAUACUUCUAUGAGUUAUAUAUUUUUUUCAAAAAUGCAUUUGUAAAAUAUUUUCAGCCUCUUUUUUUAUAUCUUUUGGGACUGGAUUUAGCUGAUAAACAUAUAUGAAUGUCUACAGUAUCACCCAAAAGUUACACAUUACUAUUUGUAAAGUUUUUAAAGAGCUGUGCUUUUCAACUCUGCAUUUAUUUGAUUAAAAAUACAGACAAUAUUGUAAAAUAUUGUUACAAUUUAAAAUGAUAGUUUUCUAUUUUAAUAUACUUUAAAAUAUAAUUUAUUUCUGUCAUGCAAAGCAGCUUUUUCAGUGUCACACAAUCCUUUAGAAAUCUAAUAUUGAAUAUGCUGAUUAUUAAUGUUGGAAAAAGUUUUGCUGCUUAAUAUUUUUUCAAAAGAUGUAUAUUAAAGACGUAUAUUGUUAAAGAUUUAUAUUUAAAAACGUAAAUCAUGAAGAUUUAAUGAUUCAUAUAAUGCAACAGUUGUGUAAUAUUUAUUAUUUACUAUGAUACGCAGUGCAAUGUAAACCUAAGCAUUAAAGGCGGGGUGCAUGAUUUCUGUAAAACACUUUGGAAAAGGCAGUCAGGCCGACUACCAAAACACACUUGUAGCCAAUCAGCAGUAAGGGGCGUUUCUACUGACAUCGUUGUCUGGGUUGUGUAUGUGUGGGGCGGGUCUAUCAAAAGAAGGUCCAGAUUCUAUUGGGGUAGGGGCGUGUUUGUUUAGGUGAUUUCAAAUGUCAACAUUGGCUUUCAAAAAUCAUGGACCCUGCCUUUAUGGAAAGUUUAAUUAAAAACUUUUCACUGUUUACUUUUGUUUAACAUUGUUAAAAUGUAAUACCAUUGUACCACCAUAGGGAUUAGCAGAUUUGUACUUUCCAUUUUAUUUGAAAUACAUCUAAAAAAUCCCUUUA